UUCACCACGUCUACCGAUAGAAACCCCUCGCUGCCACGUCAGUCUCCCCAUUGUCCCAUCACUAUUACAUUUUUUUCCCGUUCAGAGUUCUUUUUUUUUAUUUGUUUCCGGAUACAUUUUGCUAAAAUUUCCGCAAAAGUUUUCUGCCGAAAAAUCUCUCAUCCAUGUCACUUAAGCUGCACCAUCAGAAUCUCGUCUCCGGCAGCUCUUCCAGCUCAUUGGUUGCAGUUAAACCAAUCAAAACUUAUUUCUUUAAUAGAAGGGUGGUUGGCUUAGAUCACCUGCUGUUCAACCGUUGUUAUACAAGGAGGAAAAGUCGUGUAAGGCUUUCCCUUUCAGAGAGCAGUGAACUGAGUUUUAUCCACAGAUUGCCUCUGUUUAAGAAACAAUCCAUUUGUAAAUUAACAAGGACACAUCAUCUACUGCCUCUAGCUUCUGCUGAUGACAGCAUCACAGUUAAUGGGAGUUCCCAAGCAAGAACAGACGAUAAUGUUGAGCAAAUAAGAUUCAAACUAAAUAAGUCUUUGCAGGAUGAAGACUACAAUACUGGUCUUAUCCAGUCGUUACAUGAUUCUGCAAGAGUAUUUGAGUUGGCAAUUAAACAACACAAGUCUUUCUCAAAGAUUUCCUGGUUCUCAACUGUCUGGCUUGGUGUGGACAAAGCUGCUUGGGUUAAGGCACUAUCUUAUCAGGCAUCUAUUUAUUCCCUACUGCAAGCAGCAAGUGAGAUUUCAUCUCGAGGAGAUGGAAGAGAUAGAGAUAUCAACGUCUUUGUGCAGAAAAGGUAUAAAAAACAUUUCACUAUAGAGACUAAUAGCUUCAAUAGAAGCAUUAAAUAUGUUCAUUCCUAACACCUAAAAUAUACG